CUUGUGCCGGCAAAUUGUUGAAAUUCUUCGCGUACGCAAUUCUAAUUUAUUAUUUUUUUGCUAAAACAGCAAUUAUUCUGACCAUGGUGAACACAUGGUAUAGCAUCCAUAUGGGUCAGUUAUUUUGAAUGACAUCUAAAUCAGCCUCUCAAAAAGGUAAUUGGGCGAAUAAAAGCAACAGGUAGAACACCCAUCGAAUGACAACAAGCAACAGCUGUGCGUAGUGCUGCUGGUAGAAAAAGAAUAUAAAAAGAGCUUGGGCAAACUGCUGCAAAUUUGUUCUAUAGUUUUCACGUGCUGGCGUCUCCUGUAUUUACAUCGAUUACGCGGCCAUAUUGUUGUUAACUGCGAAGGAUGGUGCUUGAUACAACGGCGGAUCACUCGAUACCUUUCUCCAUGAAUGUGCCCGCAUUCAAUUGUAGUGAGGAAGCGCGCUUACUAGCCGAUACCCCUCUUACGGAACUGAGCUCUGAUACGCGCAUUAAACUUUCUGAAAUGUUAAAUGGCAGGAAGAUUUUGAGACACGCAGGACACGAUCGCGAUUGGCGCGGCAUUGCUGAGCUUGCAAAGGUAAGUAAUUUUUGUAGCACCAACUCGAAUGAUCCAAUGCAGACAGUACUCAGUCAAUGGUGCCACAAAAACUCAAACGAAGCAACAUUUUGUCAUCUACUGUAUUUCUUGUCAAAAAUCGAUCGUUGGGAUGUGAGCGAUGAUAUUUUUACUUUUCUGAUAAAAGACGCACGUUUAUUUGAGUGCAGAAGAUCUCAUGCAAAUGCUGCAAGCGGCAUAAGUUCUGAAAAUGCAACAUUUACUGGAAGUGGGAGCAUUGCAGAAAAUGAUGGUGGGAGCAAUGGGAAUUGUGAGGAUGAAAGCGAUGUGCAUGAAAACAGUGAUGAGUCCGAUAAUGAUGCCAAUGCUGAUGGAGGAGGUUCCAGUUCCUCACCAAGCCCGCCGCCGAGUCCACCGCCAAGUCCCCCACCAAAUUUGGAAUCCCUAAUAGAACGUGUUGAGCUGUUGACAAAUGCUAACACUCCGGCUCGAGUAAUACAACCUACACUUGAUCAAACAAACAAGUCUUUGGCUGUUGUUGUUGCUAUGCAAUCGAAACAGCCAGAACCCGAGCCGAUCGUAGAUGAAGUAAAUGCAUUAACCCGCCAAGAUGCAGCGCGCUUACGCAGAGGUUUGCCACUUACCAAGUACGAUGCCUUCGUGUUGUACGCCGAUCCUGAUCAAGAUUACGCAAAUGAGUUGCAGCAAAAAUUGGAAAAAUAUACCGAAUUCAAUUUUGAGCUAGUCUUUAAGAAUCGUGAUUUGCUUGGUGGCACUUUUUUUCACGAUGCUGUGACGGAGCUUAUUGAAGAUCGUUGCAAUUAUGUGUUGCUGAUUGUAACACGAAAUUUUAGCCGAGAUUUCGAAAGUUGCUUCUUUUUCAACAACACGCAGUCGUUACAAUUAAAAGAAAAUCGCCGAAGAAUCAUACCUUUACUAUACGACUUACAUUUGCCGCGUGCUUUGCGUGGAUUGCACACUUUGAAAUAUAAUAGCGAACACUUUUGGGAUCUCUUGACCGAUUCAUUGAGUGUAAAAGUGCCGCCGUUACUUACAAAAGUCACAGAACACAAAGUCAAUACUGCAGUGUUACCAAAUAUGCCAAAACCACCAGAUACACCAAUUGCAGAUAAUGAGCAGAAAUCAAAAAGCAAAACAACUGGAGAUAAGCCUGUAGGCAAAAAAAAGCUGUUGAAGAAGCCUGAAUGGAUUAAAAAGAAAAAAGUGCAAAAAUGAGUUUAAAAGUGCCUUUAAUGCCAAUUUGAAUGUGUGCAUUUUACUUGCCAAUUUUUUUGUAAGCCAAAAAAUAUACUUAUACUUACAUACAUACAUA